AUGAUUCGCAUUUCGGCGCUUAACGAGGAGGAAUCCGAUGAUAGCAAUGGAUUCGACAGUGAGCUGAUUGUCACGAAAGAAGCGGAGGAAACGAUUGCCAUCUCGGAGUAUGUGAGGGGUUUGCAGAUGAAAAAAGAAAACAGACAGCAAGAGGCGUUGGAACUGUUGCUCGAGCUGCUGGAUACGCAAGUGAUACACGAUGUCACGUCCACCCAAACGGAUAGUAAGUUGUUUGCAGUUAAGUAUAACUGCUACCGAAACAUUGGCCUCAUUUACGAAGAGCAGAAGAAGGAGGGUCUUGCGAUAGAGUUCCUCAUGAAGGCUAUGGAUCUCGAUGAAACGGACGUUUAUACGAUGUCCCGGUUGGCACGGAUGGCACUGAAGAGCGGCCAAUUGCAAAUAUCCAAAUUAUACUUCGAAAAAUGCUUGAAACGGAACCCAAACCACUGGCCGAGUAUGGACGGAUUGCUGAAAGUAUUCUGCAGUGCGUCCAACGUCGUAGAAGCUUAUGGAUGGGCCAGUCAGUGUCACCGGAAAGAUACGCGAAGCACACUGUACACCGAUGUGCUGAGGGCCAUCCGGGAGCGGUUCAAGUCAACGUUACCCUACCUCGACACCGUGUUCAUUAUGUCACCGAUAACCGAUUUCGAGGCGGAAGAAAAACGCCGUCCACUAGCGUUGGCGUUAGCCACAUUUGAUAGACUGUUUUCACCGAAGUCGAAGUACGAACCGCCCGAUUUCACCAUCAUGCCCGACAUACUCAAGCAGGAGCUGCAAAUAGACGAUCUUAGCUUCGAGACAAUCGGCAAUAUGUUGGUAAAGCUAAACGAACGCAUGGAGGAACUGGAUUUGAGAUGCGUUUUCAUACUCGAUACGGAAACGCUUUUCUGUGAGCGUCAUCAGGAAAAACUUGAGAAGAUGGAAGAAGAUGUACAGGAAACACCAGCGGCCACCGAAAGUGUUGCCGAUUUGGUCACAGCGAGGGAAGACAGUCGAAUGGAGAUAGAAGAGGACGAAACGUGUGGUAAGUCAUAAGAAAUUCCCCAAUAGAUUGAAGUGAGGCAUAGAAAUGUGUGGCUUGUUUUAGACGAGGCAAAUGAAACGAUGGUUGCUAGUUUUACAAAAAUCACCGAUGAUACCAACGGUAACGGUACUUCUGCAGCGGACAGUGCCGAUUCUGGAGUUGAUGCCAACGAACAGAAAAAUAAAUCGAGGCGACGAGGAAGUGAGUUGAAAAUUCUGGAACAAUGGGGUUGGCACAAAAAUCGACGCUCGACACGCAAGAAAAGCAUCCAAGAGUUGAACGAUCCGGCCGAUUCGACGGUAGAGUCAUUUUUCAGACUAUCGCUCAAACAGCAUUUAUCGGAAGAGAAACCGUUUAAAGGAUCACCCUUCACAGUGGACACAAAAGAGGUUGCGCCUCAGGACAAGGGUUCAGAAUGUAAGGACAGUGAAGAGGUCAUACCGGAGAGCGUCACAAACCAGGCAGACUAUUGCAGCGAGUGUAAUGUGCAGAACUUUAUAGGCGAAAUGAAGCAAAACGAGAUCGAUGUCUACGCGCUGAUGUAUGGAUUUCUUACGCAUGUCUCAAAAUCCUGGGGCAUCGCAACCAAAGUAGAAUUACGCUCGAUCUACCUCAAAGUGCACCGAUCCUUCGUCCAGUAUACCGAUUACGAUGCAUGGAAUUUGCUUUCCGAAGAGCGGUUGGAGAAAAUAUUCCAAAUAUCGGUGUUUUACCUGGAACUAAAACUGGACGCGGGACUAGCGAAUCCCAGUGAGGAGUAUAAGAAUGGGAUUUUCGAUGAUUUUGACGAUUCCAUUUUUCAUCGAUGCCGUUUCUAUUUGGGCAGUUUGGGCAACGAUAAAAUCAUUGCCAUCUACCGCAUCCGAUUGCUGUGGAUUGGCUACGUUCUGGACUGCAGCGUGAAAAAUUUCGAUGCCGCGCUCGAUCAUUUGUACUUGCUCCAAGAAAUUAUAUGUAGUGCCGAUGGCGCUCGGGUGGAAUUAAGCUUCCCGAAUCAGCAAUCCAACACUAGCAUUAGUGGUGAAAAAAUCCGUGAGCUAAUUGGCGAAACGGAACGAAAACUGCGCAUCGAACAGGUCAAGCGUCACUACGAAGAUGGAGACUUCGAACAGGUGGUCGAUAUUUUAAAGGAUACUCUUCGCUACUACACUACCAUUGGUAAUCCGAACGAAACUAUUCUAAGCCUCGUCACGCAGUCCCAGAUGCUACUGGAGUCGCUUUGGAACAUCGGAGAGAUGGAGGAAUGCUUCGUAUGGUCAGAAAAAUCGUUCACGUUCUCCGUUCACCAGUUUGUGACGGCGGCAUCUCAGCACGAUAGCCGCAAGACACGGCAAUGGGCCAGCAAUGUAAACUUUGCGCUGGUCUAUAUUGUAUCGAUCAUCAAACAGGAAGGCUGCUUCAUGUUCGAACUACUUGGAGCGAACCUUUCUAGACUCAUUCAGUCACUGCACCGAUUGCUCACACACCAGCUGGACCCAAGCGUGGAAAGGAAUUACACGGCCCAGCUUUGUCUCAUCGAGUGUUGGCGAGCUUGGAUUAUCCUGUAUUACAUUCUCGAACGACAAGACGACUUGGAAGGCUCAGUGAAGGUGAACCGCAGCUCCUGCAUCAUGGAUCAGAAUGGAACGUUCGAAGUGGAGCCCGAGCGGCUCUGCAAUUCCGUCAUGAUGUGCUUCGUGGCACACGAGCUGCUAGGAAAGAAAAACUGGUGUUCCAAAGGGGACAGUGGGCUUCUGUUCCACACGCUGGAUGUGGUUGUACCAAAGAUACGGUCCCCUCUGCUGGAACCAUUUCGUGAGAUUUUAAACGAGUAUCUGGAGCAAAUGACGUACUGUCUGUACGGAUAUCCCCAGAAACGUCCACGUUUGCGCCACAUCCAGGAUCAUUGUGCCGUUCAGGUUGCGCUCACCUGGGAACGGGCGAUUCAGUUGUUUGAUCUCUACAGACCAGAUAAUUUACCGGAAUUUAACUCAUACAAGCUAGAAUCCAUUUCCGCCGACAUGGAAGCACUCUUGCAGCGCAUUAUUUUACUCAUUCCGUCCGAAAUCGAUAUCGUUAAGCUGUCCCGUCCGAUAUCGGAAUUUAUCGACGGCAAAGGAAACAUUUUGCCAGAUGCGGCCAACGUAUUGCAGAGUGAAAUUAAACCCAUUUUCUACCUGUUGGCCGAUUACUACUUUAAGAGUCGCGACUUUACGCGGGCGAUCAAGUACUACGUCAUGGAUCUGGCGCUAGAACCGUCUCGGUUCGACUCGUGGGCAGGAAUAUCGCUGUCGAAAGCGAGCAAAGUGGAAACGAAACUAAACUCAACCGAAGUGAUACCGUUGCAAGAAUUUCUGGAUGAAACCGACAACGGGAUGAAGUGUUUUGACCAAUGUUUGCAACUCAACGAAGACGAUUCACAACUGUGGAUCGAGUAUGGUUCGUUCGCGUACAACAUUCACUCCUUCUGCUCGCGUAGUUUGAAGCUUUUGAGUGAUACACUUUCGAUGGAGAGUUUUGCACUUGUGGAAACGCACAAGGAGCGUUGCCUAGACAUCGCUUUUAGUUGCUUCAAUAAGGUGAGUCUUGAAAAGAUGUGCUUCCCCGGAACGUCAGAAGAGGCACCACCAGAGCAGCAGCAACAGCAGGAGAAUGGCAACAAUCAUGAGGACGAAAUAUGGCUCCAUCAUUACAUGUUGGGUAAGAUAGCCGAGAAGAAAAAGGAACAUCCGGCCGUUUACUUGACGCACUACCUCAAGUCGGCCAAGUACCUGUACGAGUGCAGUGCCACGUAUCCGAUUAAGAUUAAUCACAGCAGCCCGUCGCCGUUGGCGAUCGAGGCGCUGGAAAUCUUCUACCGUAUCAAUGCGGCCGUCAUCAAGUACGUUGAGCAGCAUUCGCCGAUCAACAAAAAAACUUCGAGAUUGUUUCUACGUACCCUGAAGGAACUGGCCACCAGUCCGUUUGCAGUGAACCGUGCUAAAAUCAAUGAAACUAUGUUGAAGCGGAAAAUGACAUCCAAUGCAGCAGGGUCAAAUAAUGGAAACAGCAAUCCUGGCGUAGCCACAGUUGCUAUUGAAACUUCCGUUGCUUCUCCGAAGGUUGCUAAGAUUGCAGAGCCCGAGAUUGUUGGUGCUGUGGAAGCAAUGGAUGGCCAGGAACCCAAAGUAACCUCUGAUCAGACAACCGAUAGCGUGGUGGCUAAUCCUAACCUGCUAGACGUGGAACAGACCCUGUCGCUUAACAGUCCACAGCCCGACAUACCCGUUGUUGCUCCUUCCGAACCGUCUUCUGAGAUGCACGUUGAUCAGAGUAUUCCAUCACCGGCAAAUCAGCAACACCGUCCAGUUGAACAUAUUCGGGUCGAAGAAAUUAAACAGCUCGUCGAUGCGCAACCCGCACUUCGACGAGGCUCACAGGAAAGUGCCAUAACCUCAACAACGACAACAACGACUACUACCACAACCAGCACAUCUUCAUCGAGUAGCGACUCCUCGGACAGUGAUUCAGAUUCAUCAUCGGAUUCCGACAGCGACAGCUCUUCGACAGAUGACGAAACUAUUAACCAACAAUUGAUAAACUCCACCGAAAGGGACACGAUUUUUAAGCUUUGCAUUAAAAACCUGGAGGAAUGCAUCACUCGCUUUCCGGAGCACUACAAAUCUAUGUACAGAUUGGUUCACCAUUACAUGCACGCGCCUGGUGCGACCAAGUCAUUCGAAAAAGCUCGCCAACUGCUGCUGGGCAACUAUCGUACGGCACUAGGCAAUCAAAUCCCGGGACUUUUCACGGAACGUAAAGCUACGAACUUCUUCAACGGUUUGUGGAGAAUCCCAGCUUCCGAUAUCGACCGGCCGGGCAAUUUCGCGUCCCACAUCUCCAAGUGCGUAAUUGUGUUGAUGGAAACGUUAAAAGAAUUUUUGGAGCACGAAAUUCUGCUCGAACUGGCGCUGCAGUUGCACCGCACACCGGAGCCGGAUAAAAAAUAUCUCAACGAUUAUGAGCGCAAGGAGCUGGUCCAGCAGGCGAUUCUUUUCUGCGUUCAGGUCUACCGGAGUUUGCUGAAAAAAUCGGCCGAUGGACGGAACGAUACCGAUCUGCUGUCGCUGAUGAUCGAAGUGUACAAGGCGUACCGUAAGAUAGUGAAGAACAUACAGCCCAAGGAACCACUCUUUGCCAGCGUGAUGAUCGACGCAUACCGGGCAUUCGUUAGUGACAAGGUGGCAAAGCUACCGGAAACCACCAAUAUGUUCGAUCUGGCCAUUAAACUGUGCACUUACGAGAUGAACUAUCGCAAAACGCAGGAGAAACAGCAGAAUGCCGUUGGUGUUGCUGGAGGGACCACUGGCGCAUUGGCUACAGGGCCCAUAGCUACGACAGCUAACGGUGGCAAGCAGACCAUCACGAGUGGAGAUCUUCCUGCGAUGGUGAUCGUUCCGAUGCAACCAAUAUCGGCGAACUUUAUUCCGGGGUUGACGAAACAAAACCGACGUGUUCCGAUAUCGAAAAUAACCACAUCAACCGCUGUGCUAAGUGAACCGUUGGGGUCGCUCCCUCAACACUACAACUAUCCGAUGCCAGCGCAUCAGCUGGCCCAAUCGGGAACAAUGAGCACCAUGAUAACAGAUUUAUCGUCACGCGUGACCAUUACUCCAAUAAAGCUCGAUGCUGCUGGCGGUAAAAGUGCCAUUCCAUCAACAUUUGGCACAUCUACUUCCUUUUCGCAGCACCAACAAUCAAACGUAACAAAAAUGCCGCCGUCUGCUUCAGCAGAUAUCCAACUAUCGAUAACACCAGGCCCUAGUUCGGCAUCCGGAACCCCUUCGAGUGCGGCAAGCACAAGUUCCACCCUGUUCCAACAAUAUCUUAAAAUCUUCAGCACCAUGCCGAACAUCGCUUCAAUCGGCAACAAUCCGAUGAUGAAGGCGGCCCUAACGGAGUACUUGGCUUCCUUUAAAUUACCCCAACCAACGGCAUCGGCUCUGUCACCCAACACCGAACGGAGCACGGACACUCCGCCUCAACUGACCGCUUCAACCGUAAUGAUUCCGAAAUCUACCAUGGGUUCCCAAGAUUACUUUCUUGGCCAGCAGACACUUACUGGGGCUGGUGGUGGUGGUGGAGCUAAAAAGACAUCCGCUAAGUCGUCUACCGUAACCACUCUCUUGCCCGGUAGCUUCGAACAGCAGCAUCAACUGGCCACAAUCACCCUUUCGACGGUGAGCUCUUCGUCGUCGUCGUCGUCCCAGAAGAGAGACCGCGUUUCAUCACCGUUCGCUGGCUCGUCACAGCUUCCGGGACGCGUGGCUUCGCCAUUGCCUAUGCUAACCAUCACACCUAGCGAAGGUCCAAUCGUAGCACGAUCAAAGGAACCUACAGGGAGUCGUAAGUCCAAGAGCAAAAAGGCGCUGGGACCACAGGCACGUCCUACACCAUAUGCUCGGCCAACUCCUCCACCACCGUCGGGAAUACCACAGCUCGCUGUUCCGGGUUUAUCGAUAGAACCCGUGCUUGGGCCCCUAAUGCAACCAAUGGGCACAGCAGGCGUCGGUAAGCCGCCGUCAGCUGCAACUUCCAAUCCGAAUGCAGGUCUAGCGGAGAAAGCCGCGGGUGCCGGCACUAGUAUGAUGGAUUUAGUUGCGUCCUACACAGAACUGCUGCAAAAGUAUCCGCACAUGGCCCGUUCGCUUGCCGGCGUCAUCGCCGGUGUGGGUAGUACAACGAAGACGUCGACUGGAGGAAGCCGCGCGAAAUCGGCGAAACAAUCGAACAAAGCUUCCCCAAAGAGCACGGUGGGGUCCGGUGCCGGCAAUCGAGGCUUCAGUACGGCCGGCCCUACUAAUAUUCCACGUAUCGGGGCCACCAUCACACCACUACCUUCGGGAUUUUCGGUCGACAGCUACGGAAGGCCCGCAACAAGCACGUCCGGUAUGUCGAUCACAGCAGCCACAUCGCCGUCCUCGUCCCUGUCAUCCUCGUCGGUGACCAUGCUGCAGCAGUUGGGAAGGUAAGCUUCGAAUCAGCAGCAAGCGAAAACGCUGCAGCAAAAACUGGCAGAGCGCCAGAAAGCGAACAAGGCACGCGAAACGGAAAACGUUUCCAUCGGUACGAGUUCCGGAGGACAACCAGCGAAAGCAAACACCGAUCCGAUGGAUGUUAUUGUGCUCGAGUGACUCACGGUAUCUCUCGUCGCAAAUCGAUAAUCAUGAAUUUUAAAAAUUGCUCAAAAUAGUGUCACAAGCCGUUCGUCAUUACUUCUAAAAUAUCGGGGAUGACUGGCAGUGGUAAAGCCAUGGCCAUGUCUAUUGGCAUCACCACCAAAGAGUAAUAUCGAAGUCGAAGCAAGCUUCUUCGUGUUUUCUGUGGCGUCCCUGCUGAAGACAGGUAAC